AUGGUAGAUCAAGGAGUCAAGCCUAAUGUUGUCACCUACAACACUCUAAUUUAUGGACUGUGCCAAUCGGGGAGGUAUGAAAAAGCCAAGAGCUUCUUGAUUUGCAUGCUUAACAGUGGAAUUUCACCCGACGUAUACACCUAUAAUGUUCUGCUGAACACUCUUUGCAAGGAAGAAAGAAUUCAAGAAGCACUUACUCUGUUUGGAACAAUGACUGAGAAAGGGAGGACAGAAGAGGCACUGAAUCUUGUGGAAGAAAUGGUCCGCAGAGGUGAAAGGCCUAAUUGUGUGACUUACAACUCCUUAAUUAAUGGAUUGUGCCGGACCAGCCAAUGGAGAGAAGCCACAAGGUUGUUCGAUGAAAUGGUUUGCCAUGGAAUCUUACCUAAUUUCAUAACUUUGAAGAUACUCUCCGGUGCUCUCUGCAAUGGAAGGAUGACAGAUGAGGUUCGCAAAGAAUUUGAAGAUAGAUUAGAUGGAGCUUUGUAGCUUGGUAAGGAAAUGGUCCAAAAAGGAUUGAUGCCUGGUCUAGAAAAGGAGGAAAUGGUCCAAAAAGGAUUGAGGUUCUUCAUCCUAAACUACAUGCUUCAUGUGCAGAAUGGUUUGAAAUUUAUAUUGAUGAAGAGUGGUAAUAUGUAAUUGAACUUCUAUGGAUGAGUGGUUAUAUGUUUCGCCUUUUUGUUACACGCUACUUGUGUGAUGUUACGUCAAGAUCCUCCUUUUCAUGGUGCUUCCAAAUUAAAUGUUGGUCCCUCUCCUCUAGAAAUUGGUCGUUCAAGGAAUAUUACAGCGAGAGGAUAGAGAUAACAUGACUGCUAAUCUUGGCCGAGGUGAGAUUUUAUCUGCAGAAUCACGAGUCUUCUGUGUGGUUGCAGUCAUAGGAUAACUUCAUCUUUUGGUGGAAGUUGACUCCCAUUCUCAUCUUUUGCUAUAUUGAUUGCCUAAUGAACAGGCACUGCCUAUUUUAGUUUAAUGUCAUAUGGAUUCAUACUUGUUGAUUCCGUGAGGUAUUUUAAAUGGUGGAAGUCUCGGAUGUUAGUGAGAUUUGGUGCAAAUCAGGUUGCUACUUGGUGUGUGAUAUUUGAGCGUGCGUUUUCCCUAGCUUGUGCAAACGAAACUAAAUACUUCUGGAAAGAAGGCAGCGGCAGAUAUAUGUUGGCCGCAUACCGACUUCAGUUUAGGGUUUGUUUAAUAACCAUUUCGUUAUUAAUUUUUAGUUUUUUGUG